AUGAUAGCUCCAUUGCCGCCACCACGCUCUACGCGCAGCUCCCGCGGCAACACGGAAGCCUUCGAGACCGCCUCGCAGCCUCGCAGCCGCUGCCACACCCGUCGCGGCAACGAUCCCACCCGGUCCGAGGCGCAGAAGAAUGGUAGCUGCGUGGCGGAAGGUGGGCGGGGCCCGGCGGCGGUGCCGCACACGUAUCCCAGCAGCGAUCCUGCGGUGUCAAUGGGGCGGCGCGAUGUUCAGGAGGCAACACCACCUUCCUCGGGAGCGGCACCGUCAUCGAGCGUGCGCACCUUACGCGGGUUUCUGCAGCGGCACUCGAUGGAAGCGGUGGCAUCGGACGGUCCUCGCACCGCCGCGCGGAUGUGCUUCACGGCAGAAGAGCGGAAGGAGGUUGAGAAGCUCCUCGCGGACUUGCAGUUGUCUGUGUCGCCCUUGACGCCGUCCGCCGAGUCUACGUUGCCGUCGUCGGCGGUCCUGCUGAAGCCCACAAGACGUUCGUGUUCGCUGACCUCCCCGCCUUCCACCGCACCCUUCACUACUACGGCAACAGAGGCGAUGGAGCAGUCCGCGUGUCCGCCGCCUAUUCCAGAGCUGCAGCGGCAACAAGCAACGCCGAUGUCUCCACGGCGGAGUCUCGCGGACCGGCCUCGCACCCACUCCAUCACCAACAACGGUUCGACAGUGGACGUAGCUGCUGCUGCUGCCAGUGCGAUGCCGGGUAGGUCUUCUGCGCCAUCCGACGCCUCGAUCACCGCCGCGGCCCACGCCUCGGUGGAGGGCCGCUACAAGGAGGCGCUCAAGACGGUUGAGGGAGCCGCGUCUGACCGUCAGCUUGCCCUGAAGCGCGUCGAGGAGUACUGCGCCUCGCUCUACACACUCGUCGAGACGUGGAUGCACCUGCACGAGCAGCGCUUCGAUGAGUUUACCCGCACCGUGCUGCAGCGCAUGCUGGACGACAACCCGGCCUACCGUGUUUUGUUCUACGAUGUGGACCUCUCAACGCAGUCGCUGAUUAUUAUGGACAUGAUCGGCCGCGCCGUGGUGGCCUUUACGCGGCCGGCCGACCUGAUGGACAUCAUGGGAGAGAUGGGCGCCCGCCACAACCUCUACGGCCUGCGGGAGAGCCACUACGUUGCCAUGCGGAACGCGUUUCUGAAGGUGUACGCAGAGUUCGUGGGGCCGGCCACGUACAAGGAGUCGGUGGCCGUGUGGAAGAUGUUCUGGAAGACCACCGUUGAGCUGGCGGUGAGCGGGGCAAGCAGCGAGCGCGGGGAGAUCUACGCGCAGCGCCGCUACAAAAUAUGGGCAGCACGCAUGAAGACCGCCCUACAGGGGCUGAUCCCCCUGCAAUGCAGCGGUGGCUUCCACCGGCUGAUGCAGGUCACGUAUUAG